AUGAACACUCUCAUCACCCUGAUUCUCGCUGCGUCCGCAGCCAUGGGAGCCGCCAUCAGCCCUUCCGAAGGAUCGGCAUUGGACUCCAGGGCAUGCUGCUCGGUCACGAUCUGCACCGGACUCUCUCUCGACGGCGACUGCUACACUGGCUGCUACCCCAAGAUAGACGAGGUGUACCCAGACGCAUCCUGGCAAGGGAGCGCGGGCUCCUUCAGGGUGUCUACCCCGGACUGUAGCUGCUUCCCACGACCUCGGGAUGGAAAGGCGAGUUACUGCAGUGUUGCGGGCAAUGGCAACCUCGGAUAUUGUGUGAACAACCUCGGAUCGUUCCACUGUGAAUUCUAG